UGCCACCCGUGCCUUUCCCGUGGGCGAUGCAGCUCCAGCGCCCCUUUCCUUCCCCGCUGCCGGCGGCUCCUGGCCCGUAGGGCAGCCCGCUGCUUCCCGCUUCCCCCGGGGCCGGGCGGGAGGCGUGGAAGAGCCUCAGCGCGUGGGGCCCGCCCGCGGAGCCGCUAUAAAAGCGCGGGGCAGCCCCGGGCCGGCCCGCACCGCACCGCGCCAUGGCCAACCCGUCGCAGUGCCUGGAGGAGGGCGCGGGGCGCUGGCCGCCGCGGCCGCCCGGGCCGUACAGCGAGGCGCAGCGGCUGGCGCUGGAGGAGCUGGUGGCGGGCGGCCCCGAGGCGCUGCGGGCCUUCCUGCGGCGGGAGCAGCUGCCGCCGUUCCUCUCGGAGCCCGAGGUGCAGGCCAUCGCGCGGGGCGCCCUGCCGCCCGCCGCGGCCCCGGAGCCGGCGGGGGAGCCCUCGCUCGGCGCCUCGCUCGACGCCUCCUCGCUCACCUACUUCCCCGAGCGCUCGGACCUGGAGCCGCCGGCGCUGGAGCUGGGCUGGCCGGGCUUCGCCAGCGGCGCCUUCCGCGGGCUUACGCGGGUGGAGGCGCAUUUCCAGCCCGGCUGCGGGGAGAGCAUCUACGGCUGCAAGGAGGCGGUGCGGCGGCAGAUCCGCUCCGCCCGGCAGAUGAUUGCCCUGGUUAUGGAUUCCUUCACGGACACCGAUAUCUUCAAAGAUCUCUUGGAAGCUUGUAGCCAGCGGCAAGUUAAAGCAUAUAUCCUUCUAGAUCAGUCUUCAUUUUCCCACUUUCUCAAAAUGUGCAAGGAUCUGGGAGUUGACCUGGAACAGGAAAAGUUGAUGAGAAUUCGAAAUAUCACUGGGAACACAUACUACACGAGGUCAGGUGCCAAAAUUGUUGGAAAAGUCCGUGAAAAGUUCAUGUUAAUUGAUGGCAUCAGAGUAACAACAGGCUCCUACAGUUUUACGUGGACAGAUGGGAAGCUGAACAGCAGUAACAUUUUGAUCCUGUCAGGCCCCGCAGUUGCACACUUUGACCUGGAAUUUCGGAUUCUGUAUGCACGGUCAAAGCCGAUCAACCUCCGAGAGUUAUCCAGCUGCAGGAAGAGUAAGGUGUUGGACCAGCUGGUCAGGAUAACAGUGGCUUCCAGAGACUUGACCAGGGAAAACUUCCUGAGAAUGGAGUUUUUGUAUCUUAGAGCAUUUGUAGGAAAUCUAAAAAGGAAGCGAAGCUGGUUGCAUGCCUCCAGGGAGGCAGUCUACGUGUCAAAUAAUGUGAUGCAUGCCUCUCCUCCACUGACUAAGAGGAAUGGCUCGCUAGUUAUGAGGCCACACUGGAUCGUAGAGAGAUGAAUUGCAUGUUCACGUGGAGCGAGAAGCAGAACCUCAGGAACCAUGUCCAGUACUGUCACACUGCAUUUGUGAGAGCAGCUGGGACACAAACCUUGAACUGAGAGAAAGUGAUACUGGAAUUGUGGUUUUGUCUGAAGACCACUGUAAUGCAGAUCAACAGAUACAGUUAUGGUAUUGUCCUAGGUCAGGUGUGUUUUACAAAAAACCCCUCUAACACCUGGAGAGCUGUUAUUGACUUCUAGUAUUCUGUCAGGUUGUCAGUUUUCAAUCGAUUCUUGCAUGUUUGAAGCUGAUGGGUCAGCAGUGUCUUAGCUCAGUAGCUCAAACCUUUUUGCCUAAGGAAUCUAGGUAUAGAAAAUAAUAUUGCUUAAAAGUCUUCCAAAGAUGAAUAGCAGGACUGCUGUAUGGCUCUGAAAUCAGUCUAUGCUUAGUCUUGUGUUGCACAAACUCUCCGCGAACUGUUUGAUGACACAGGACUGAAGUGUAGUAACCCUGAUCUAGAAACUAGUUAAUCAGUACUAUGGUACUAGUCCUAAAACGUUACAUUUUCUUUACAGGAAGCUGUGCUGCUAGGCAGAAUGAGCUGACGUGUCAGGUGGACAAGGCUUUUGCAAUGAUUGAAUUUUAAGUGACCUUUUCUUUGUAAGAAUACUUGGAUUGUUGGACAUCAUGAAACAAAUGCAUGCAAGGGAUAGUAUUCCUAAGAGCCUACUAUGUUUGUAGUAGAGCCAAAUGAGACCAUUUUCCUGGCAUUACCAUAUAUACUUUUUGGUUUUUUUAUGGUUGCUACUGCUGUCUAAUCUUACAGGAAAAAUUGAGUUGAUCUAAAAUCUGUAAAGCUGCUGCUACUUCUCCAAAGCCUUCCUUCCACCAGACAUGCAAUAACAUGAAAGUCAGAAAUAGAACCAUUUUUUUUAAGGUUUCAUGCAAGCUAUUUUUUUUUUAAAUCCAUCCAUUUCAGGAGAAAAAAAACCCAAAAAAUCCAAACAAGUAACUAUCCUCCUGAACAGUUGUACAUUGAGGCACUGAAAUUCCAGCAGCCUGUUGGUGCACAAACUCUUGUUGUCCAACCACGGCAGCUGUGGCGAAAGCAAAGGUACAUCGUUCCUCAGGUUGUUCUUGAGGCUUUUGCUACUGCAAAGAACUUGGUUAUGUGCGUGUGUAGGUUUCUCGUGGGCUCUCGGCUUCCAGGGGGAAGGUUAAAGCUUUGCUGGGGAAUUUCAUACAGGUCUGCUGACCAUCAGCAGGGCAACAUUACACUGGGCGUGUGGGGCUUACAGAAAUGGUCCCUAUGGACACUGCAGUAAUGGACUCAUCUGUGCCUGUUUUCUUCUGUGCCUACAACCACAGAAAUGUAAUAGUUCUGACUCUCCUAAUCUGUAAAUGUUCAAUAGUUUCUAGUUUAAUAGUCUUAACUUUUAUCUACAUGUAAAGAAGUUUGAAAUAUGUAUUUUUAUUCUUAACUAUAUUUUCCAUAAACACAAAAAACGUACAAUGUUGUACUCUGCAAAAUAUUGUUUGUGCAAUCUUAUUUUCACUGUUAUUAUCUGUAUAUGUUUCCUCAAAUACAAGUUUUUAACUCUGUUAUUCAUCUCAUUAAUAGGCAGCUCUUUCUGUGUGCUAUUAGUAGGACUUUUCCUCAACAAUAGCUAAUACAUUGAUGAUACAAAAUACUGUGAUAAGAGUUGUGUUUAUUUUUGAUAGAGUAGACUUAAUCUGAAAAGUACAUCAAAAUCAAUAUCAAGAAUUAUAAGAAUGUCUUAUAACUGAAUAACCUCUUUUUCUUGUAGUUACCUAAAGACUUAGCGUAAUGAGCAACCAUGGAGGUACGGCGGUGUGAAGUGCAUCUGUCUUAAUCACCACGACUGCACUGCUAGUGUGUCGAGUUAUUAAUGAGGGUUGAGAAUUAUUAAUAAGAAUAUAAAGUUUGAUUUUUUUUUCCAUAAGCAUGAACUUUUGACAGCAUUACUAAACUUUGUAGAAGCUGGGUUUGGCUUUUCCUGAGUUUUGGAUUUUUGGGUGUGGGUUUUUUUGUGUGUUGUUUUUUUUUUUUAACUCUAGCCUAUACUUAAUUAAUUCAAAGUCUAUA